CAACUGAAGAUGUCAUCCUAUCUGGCUCAGGAGCUUCACCUUGCUCGAAGACAUGCAGAGAUACUGUCUCAGAGAUCAGAGCUGCUACAGCAGAUGGAGACUUAUCUAGGAGACAAAAAGACUAAAAAGACAUGGCAAACUCAAGCAGCUGAUGCAGCUCAUAAAAGGAAUGCAGCACUUUUAAAUGAUCUAGAAGCAGCAGAAAAAAAGCUGCAAGAAAGAGAAUAUUUACUUCCACAUCCCGAUACUGUUAAGUUAGAAACUCUCUAUUGGGCAUCAAUAAAAGAAUCUCUUCCCAAGUGGAAACAGUUUCUUUUAGGAAGAGCAGAAGUUCCUAUUGGCUUUAAGAAAAUGAAAGCUACAAAGCAGAACAUAAACUACCCAGAAGAAGGUUCACAAAAAUAAACAUCCUAGUUUCAUUUUGUUUUGUAAUUUAUGGCUUGAACAGAGAUAUCCAGAUCUGGCAACAGAAGAUCAAACCAUUAAAUUGAAGUGUAAAUAAUUUAUAUGAAAAUUAACUGUAUUGGAUAAUUUCCUUCCAUUGUCGCAUUGUGUACAGUUCCUUAUUUUUAUUUUGUAUUAGAGAAGGACUCCUCAAACAGGCUUUGAGAACCAAGAGUGAGAAACUCUGGUGUACAGAUUUCCACCGAGGCAAUUGAUUUUUCAGUAUGAGAAGAGUUUUAGGUUAUUUUUAAUCCUCUGCUUUUGCAUACAAGUGCGAUAAGUAAAGACAGAUUCUUGCAUUA